AUGUGUCACGAAGUAGAACACGCCCACAGUGACGACGUCUAUAUGCAGCAGAAUUUUCCUCCGUUGCCAGUUUGGAGAGAAAAGCGCAGAGGCCACGACAUGUCGUCCCCCAGGCAGCAGUCUUCAGUGGGCUUUGCAGGCAGGAAGACUUCUCCCUCCUCUUCGACAGUCCUCAGGCUGGUUUUGCUGGGGAGGGCGGGCAGCGGGAAGAGCUCCACCGCCAACUCCAUCUUGGGUCGCAAGAUCUUGGACUUGAAAGUCAGCAGCGCCUUGGCCGCCCAGCGCAGCCGUAGGGUCAGCGGGGAAUUCCGCGGGCGACAGCUGCUGAUCCUGGACACUCCUGGAGUGUUAGAUACUCAUCAGACCCCCCAGGAGGUGCAGAGGGAGCUGAGAAGGAGCGUCAGCCUUCUGUUCCCGGGGCCGCACGCUAUCCUCAUUGUAAUUCAGAUUGGGAGGUUCACUCAGGACGAGAGGGACGCUUUGUGCCAAAUCAAAGAGGCUAUGGGCUCCCACGCUCUGAGCUUCUCCGUGGUUGUCUUCACCCAUGGAGACCGUCUGGAAGAGGGGGCGUCCGUUAAGCACCGUCUCAUAGACGAGUGCCGGGAUCUCGCCGAGCUCGUAGCCUCAUGCGGGGGCAGGUACUGCGUGUUUGACAACCAAAGCCCCAACAACAAGGAGCAGGUGUCCGAGCUGCUGGCCCUGGUGGACGGCAUGAUGCGGGACAACGGAGAGAGCUGCUACACCAGCAAAAUGCUCCAGAGGGCAGAGGAAGAGCUGGCCCAUCAGCUGCGGGAGGAGAGGAUGCUGCGGGCCGAAAAGGACGAGCUGCUGAAGAGGAAGCAGGAGGAGGCCGUGAGAGAGUGGUACGAGAAGGAGCUGGGACUGAUCGAGCAGAAGAACCGGAUGGAGUGGGAGGAGCUGAAAAGGAAACUGGAGCUGGAGAUGGAGAAGGAGACUAAAGAGGCAAAAGAUCGUGAAGAGGCCUUCAGGCAAGAGCUGGAGGAGCAAAAGGCUCAAGAGGUGACGAUUCUGAGGGAGGUGGAGAGGAGGAAAAGGGAGGCUCUUCAGGGGAGGCUUGACAAGGUUUCCAGAAUGUUGGAGGAGCAGGUUGAGCGGGAGCAGAAAACAAGACAGUUGAUUGAGGAGAGGAUUCAGAGGGAAAAGGAGGAAAGUGAAAGAAGAGAGAGAGAGAGGGAGCUUCAGCAGAUCCAGAUGGAACAGGCCAUCAGGCAGAGGGAAGAAAUGGAGAGAGACGCUUUGCAGAGGGAGUUUGAAAAACUCUUUCAGAGUCUGGAGGACCUGAGCAGGAAAGAGGAGGAGAAGAAGAAACAAAUGGAUAGCAUGCUCAGGCGCGAGAGGCUGGAGAACCAGAGAGAAAUGGACAUACAGAUGGAGCACCUCAGAGCAGAGAAACGCAAAUCAGAGGCCCUCAAGCGGGAGUUAAAGCUACUGAAAAUCAAGGCGGAGCAGCAAAAAGCAGCUGAGGAAGGUGCCAAGAGGCUACUGGAGGAGAGUCUGCAAAAGGAGAGGGAGAGGUGUGCCACGGAAAUGUUCUCACUGAAGAAACUGUGCGGCAGGAAGUGUGCAGAGAUGUUUGAGAAGGUGUCUGCAGAAAAGCACUGGACAGUGACUGGAUACGUGCAGGAGAUGGGACUGUUGGGGCUGAAUGCAGCUCUAGAGAAGGUUGGAGCUCCGUGCUGCAUACAGUGA